UGUGAGCGGACGACUCGUUUUAUGGCAGCGGAGCUAACCAAGACUAGUCACGAAUGUGUCGGGAAUAUUUGUAGUAGAGUAAUAUUAAUCAAAUAUUACUAAGUUUUAGCGCUCUUCUUAAUUCAUGCAUAUGGGGACUCUGGAGAUUAGCAGUAUGGUUUGCGACAUAUUUACAAGACGAGCAGGCUAACGAGCUAGCGGUGGUAAAAGGGUGUUUGGUUUACUGAUGUUAAACAGUCCGCAGCUGGCUGAGCGGCUAGUCAGCUAACAAGCUAAUGAUGAGCAGCGGGUCAACGCCUGAAGACUUUCUGCAGCCAGACGUAAAGAGGAAUAACUGCCUCCUUUACGGGCGUCGGUGAUGCUGUCCACCGCUGGCCAGAUGCCCCGGUUCUUCGAAUUGGGACAGCGCACCCAAACUUCAUAAUAAACCAUGAAAAACUGCGAGUAUCAACAAAUCGACCCCCAGGCACUUCCGACGCCAACCCCGACCCCUCCACCUCACCAUGGGAACGGCGGUGACAGGACCGAAGAGCCCAAGAGACCCAGGAGAAAGUGGGAAGUUUUCCCUGGGAAGAACCGCUUCUACUGCGAUGGACGGAUCAUAGUGGCCCGGCAGAGCGGGGUCCUGCCCCUCACCCUGGGCCUCAUCCUCAUCACAAGUGGAUUAUUCUUUAUAUUUGACUGUCCCUUCCUGGUCAAACACCUGACCAGCUGCAUACCUUUUAUCGGAGGAGGCCUCUUUGUGUUUGUGGUCAUCACCCUGCUCCAGACCAGCCUCACCGACCCCGGCAUCCUGCCCAGAGCCACACCAGACGAGGCUGCAGACAUUGAAAAGCAGAUAGACAACACUGGGAACACCAGCUAUCGGCCUCCACCACGCACCAAGGAAGUCCUCAUCAACCAGCAGGUGGUGAAGCUCAAGUACUGCUUCACCUGCAAGAUGUUCCGCCCUCCACGCACUUCCCACUGCAGCCUGUGUGACAACUGUGUGGAGCGAUUCGACCACCACUGCCCUUGGGUGGGGAACUGUGUGGGAAAACGCAACUACCGCUUUUUCUACACCUUCAUCGUGUCGCUCUCCUUCCUGACGGCGUUCAUCUUUGGCUGCGUGACCACGCAUCUAGCACUGAGGGCUCAGGGUGGAAAAGGCCUGGUGUUUGCUCUGCAAGAAAGUCCAGGCAGUGCAGUGGAGCUGGUGAUCUGUUUCUUCUCAGUCUGGUCCAUCUUGGGCCUCUCAGGCUUCCAUACAUACCUGGUUGCUUCCAACCUGACCACUAAUGAAGACAUUAAAGGCUCUUGGUCAGGGAAGAGUGGAGAAGGUGUCACCAAUCCAUACAGUCAUAGAAACAUCUGUAUCAACUGCUGUUCGGUGCUCUGUGGACCCAUGCCACCCAGCCUGAUCGACAGACGAGGUUUCCUGCCAGCAGAUGAAUCUGUCCAGACAGCCGGUGUGGACAUCGAGCUGCCCACUCUGGCCACUAAAAGCGAGAUAAACGUGUGCACACAGGGAACUAAAGGUCUGCUGGAGUCGGCCACUCUCCCUCCGCUUCUGUCCACCUCGUGUCCUCAGGGGAAACCUCAGACAGCUCAUACCUGCCCAGACCACAGCCCCGCCGUGAACUCUGACCCCUCACCGGAGCUCUCAACAAACUGCGGGGCCCGCCACAACGCUAGCUCCCAACGCCACGCCUCUCCUCCACGUCACGGCAAGACUCGGUCAAAGAAAAGCAAACGAGUUGCUUUGCAUAUCCCCAACCCUUCCUUCGAUGUCCCCGUUUCCCCGACCUCUCCGGACGCCGGCCCCAGCUCCAAAGCCAGGGGCCACAAAGACGCCAGCUUCACCUCUUUGCACUGACUGGAAUGACGGCUUUCUCAAGUGAAAACUCACGUUGUUUGAAGCUUGCAUGCUGUAACACAGUCAGAUACACGUGGUAUGAAUUUAAAAAAAAUAAUUUGUUGGUUCUUUGAAAGAUCCGGGUCUAGUCAUUGUGUUUGAGGAUGACAAUCACAAAAAUAUGUAUUUGUGUGGUCAAUUUGUAGUGGAAAUAGGAACAUUAGAUUGGAUGUAUUCUGGCUGUAAAGGAUGCAGGACAGCCUUUGGUGUAGAAUGACAAGCACAUGAAAAAAAAAGACAUUUGUAAUAUGAAGUGGUGUGCUGAUAGAGCCAUAUGCCUUCCUGAUGAUUCUCAUGUAAAACAUGAAUUUUACCAGCAUGUCAGAUCCAUCAAAUAUUGUGAAGUAGUGGCUUUGAUGUAUCAGGUGGACAAACUCUGGGAGCUUGAAAAGCUUCAGAUGGUCUUAAAGGGAAAGUCCAUCCAAAUAUAGAAUCCACAUGUGUAAUUUCUAUAACACGGUGCAGCUCGGUUAAUAGUGUGAAUAUGAGCCAGUUUCUCCUUAAACUAAAAAGCAGAGAGACGGUUUGUUCUGAUGAUGUCAUCUUCAGACAUCUAAGCAGUGGAUAAUGGAACAACUCAUGAGACUCAGUCGACAGCAGCCACGAAGACCGUUUUAAUGCUACCAGGAAUUCAAUUUAAACCAAUUUUUUAACCCUCUGAAAUCUACAAACUUCACCAAAAAUCUUACUUCACCAAAUAUAAUCCAAAAGAAAUCUGGUAUGUAGUUUCAAGCCAGAACUUUAGAGGGAAGCUGAUGGAGAGACUCAAUGUUGCUUCAUUUUUAUGUCUUUAUGUCAUGAAGAAGUAAUGUGGUGGUUGUUUCAUGGACUCCAGAGGGUUAACAGACAUGAUUGACAUGACUUAGGGUUUGGGAUAAUUUUGCCCAAAUGUUUGACUUUUUUGUCUUGUGGUGGAGACGAGGACAGAACAGAACUAUGCCACUGUGACUAUUACUUUUGGUCCUAUUUCUCCUAUUAUUACUACUACUGCUACAACUAUUAUUUGAUCCCAUUUACUAGCACCACAACUACUAUCAUUAGUCACAGACUUACUUUAUAGGGUUAGUGCUAUUACUGUUGUCAAUGUUCAUCUCGUUUUUCUCAACCCUCCCUCUCCCUUCUCACACUUUAUCUACUGUAAUUUGUUCUGUACACUGCAAAAACCAAUUGACAAAAAAACGAGAAAUAAAUAACUAGAAUUAAGCAAAUACAUGCUUGAAACAAGUAAAAUUAUCUGCCAGUGCAGUAAGUACAAUUUUCUUUGUAAGAAUCCUUUAAGUGAGUAAAAAAAAUCUAGAAAGUGGAAAAUCAAUGAUAGCUCAAAAUAAGUCCAAAAAUACUUAUUUCAAGCAAUUAUGGCUUGAAAAGCUCGACUGUAGUAACAUUAAAAUAAGUCAGCAAUACUUGAAACUAGCAUGUUUUUUUUUCGCAUUUCAGUAUCUGUGGGUAGAUACUGGUGGUAGAAAAGGCUUUUGAACUAGCAUUUAAA